AUGGAAGAUGCAAUCUUUGAUCCCGACACGAAAGAAAAUAUGGCAAUCAAGCAAGACAACAAGCCACACAUCAUGAAGCAGGUAUUGCAAGGGGUUGCUUAUAUGCACUCCCUAGCUCAUGUGGCAUUGCAUCGGGACAUAAAACCAAGCAACAUUCUUAUCAAGAGAGGAUGUUUCACGACGAAAUUGUGCGACCUCGGUGUAAGUCUUGUAAAGAAGUUGUUUGCUGGGACAACUACAGCCUUCGGAAGCACACCUGGAUCCCCUUCAUACAUGUCACCGGAAUGUUUACUCGGAGAGGCGAAAUCGUCCACCGGUUUUGUUGUUGUUGUUGAUGGAGGUCAGCUUUAA